ACUGCUUGCACUUUCUAAACAAUAGCAGUGGGCCAAUGGCUGGUGUGCAUGUUCCGGUGGGUCAUCCUCCAGUGGUCUUUUGCACACCCGGAAACAGGGAUUUGUGUGAGAAGAUCGUGGCCCAUCUGAGCUGGAGCAUUGGUAAGGCCAGAUUCCGUACCUUUGCGAACGGUGAGAUCUCGGUGAAGUUGGAGCAGUCCGUGUCGAACUACGAUGUCUUCGUGGUUUGUGCUCGGGAUGAUUUUGAGUGCGAGAUCAACUUCAUGCUCAUGCAGCUGCUGAUCAUGCUAGAUGCCUUGAAAUCGGAGUCCCCGCAUCGCAUUACCGUGGUUUUGCCAUGCGUGGAGUAUUCGCGGCAGGACCGGAAGUUUGAGGCGGGCGAGGCGAUCGCUCCAAAGCUGCUGUUGCACUUGAUGGCGACCGCCGGUGCAGAUCGCUUCGUCACGAUCGACCUACACAAUCAGGCUGAAGCUGGGUUUAGCCCAGCACAAGCAGCUCUAGAUGAAUUGACCUGUGAGAAAUAUCUUGCAGCCUUCAUCCGGGACAUGAUUCCGGAAUUCAAGCCUCAGGAGACUUUGGUCUGCGCCACAGACGCGGGUGGUGCGAAACGCACUCGAAAGAUGGCGGAUGAGCUUCAGGUGGGUUUCAUGAUGGCCGACAAGUUCAGACCCAAAGCGGGGGAGGUCGGUCAGGUGAAGAUCAUUUCGGACGCAUCAUUGAAUCCGUCCAAUGUGAUCAUCGUGGAUGAUAUGUUUGACACCUGUGGCAGCCUCGUCAAAGUGGUUGAGGCUGUUCGCGGCUUCGCGCCCGAGGCCAAGCUUUAUGCCGUUGGCACUCAUGGCUACUUCUCCAAGGACGCGUCUGAAAAGGUGGCCAAGAUGAUUGCAGAACUUGGCCUUGAGUGGAUCGCAGUGACCAACUGCAUAUCUCAACGAAUGCCAUUGCAAAAGUUCGAAAAACUUGGCAUUGGAGACAGGCUGAAGGUGGUGGACAUCUCGCGUCUCGUGGCAGGUGCCAUCAUUCGGAUUCACCUUGGGGCCAGUGUCAACUUGCCGAAGUUUCGACAACUUGGGCCCCUGAAUCCAGAUCCUUUGCUGGCAGAAGCAGCCUUUGUGCCCACAACGCAGUACACCUUGAGAGGGGCUGCCCCUGCGGCGAGCACUGAAACAUGAGGUUUUCCUGUGAGCGCAGAUGGUUCAAAACACCAAUUCCACGAAUUGGUUUGUUGGUCACGUAGUUCACAAGCAACCAAUGGCCAGGAAAAUGGAAAGGUUUGGGGCUGCUUCAAAGAUCUUCAAAGGGUUGGAACAUGUAGGAAGUGCUGAUAGGGCAUCAACAUUAUGCCUCUUUAUGCGCUAAAAAUUGCUCUUUCGUCUAAUUUCUUUAGAGUCAGAGCCUUUUCGGCGCGAGAGCAAAA